AUGGCGCGAAUGACUCCAGAGGCCGAGCGAAGCACAAGAAAGGUGGCUUACGAUACCCGUGAACCACCCGUCAUCCGCAAUCGAGAAGAGCAGAGGCUCUGCGGCCCUGGCGGCCUGCUGUCCGUGCCGAGGAUUAAGCCCCUCUUGUUUCUCGUAUGCGUUGUCCAGAGCCUCUUAACGGGCUUUGAAGAGGUGUUUCCUCUUUGGGCGCUCUCCACGGUGGGUGUCGGGGGGCUGGGCUGGGGCACCAUGGAGAUCGGCAAGGUUCUGUUCAUGACGGGCUGCAUUAUGGUCGUGGCUCAGCUGUUCAUAUUUCCGUCGGUGAUCAAGAUUAUUGGAGCGGUGGCGUGGAUGCGCACAGGCUGUCUACUAGGUAUCUCCGCUUUCCUUGCUACCCCAAACGCCAAGCUCUUCAGCUGGAACUACACUACCCUGUUCGCAGCGUCGGUUGCGAGUGUGACUGUCGUCAACUGUUGCUUGGCAGCGGUGAGCAUCGCGUUGGCAGUGGCGUCGACUAGCAUCGUACCCUCCAGCUUGCGGGGUAAGCUCAGCGGGCUGUACGGCACAGCUGAGAGCUUCGGUCGGUUCACGAGUGCCGUUGGCUUCGCGGCCUUGUUCGCGUGGUCAAUUUCUUCCGACAACCUUGGUUGGGUCGACCACCGGUUUGUUUUCUACUCGUCCGCUCUUGCCCUGGGUGUGGCGACGGUGGUGGCAUGGCGCACUCUUCCUGCAGAGGUGUUUGGGGAUAAAUCCGCCGCUGAAAACGUGGAGGAUGCGAUCCAUGAUGCUGGCCUUACGCCUAAAAGUGAUCCGAAAUGUAUUGUUUCCUGCUCUCGACCAACGGGUGAGAUGGACUUGAUAUAA